CGUAUCGUAUCACGUUAAGGAAAGCAACUGCCGAGACUGCCCCUCAUUACCGUAUCUACUUGGUAAAUUCGGGCACUUAGCGUCUCUAUUUUAAGUGCACAUUUCCACUAUUAACCGCAAAAACGUCACAACCUCCUGAUAUAAUUGGCCAUAUGUGCUUUUAUGGGGCACGCUAUGUGCCCGAAUUUACUGAGUUGUUACGGUAUUUUUCUGGCUGCGUUCUCCACCGCCAUGACCUUUGAAAGCCACAUUGAGCAGAUCAGUUUUUUCCAGCAAUCUCGGACGCGCUGUUUUGACCAGAACCCAUUUCGGCGGUCCAGCCCUCACUACUCCGUAGGAUUCACUGGCCACCGCUCGGGCCUCCCUCAAACGUAGCAUGGCCGAUCGGGCGCCCGAGCAACCCACCAGUAAGCCACCUCAGCCCAACCAAGGCACAUGCAGUCUGAAUGGCGAAUUGCAUGGCUGUUUUGGUAUUGCUGC